GUGAGCUAAGAUCGCGUCAACUGGGAAAAUGCAGAGCGUUACUUUCAAUUUUAGUUUAGUAGCUUAUAGGACUUUUUUUUCACUCUAAAGUCUCGAAUGGAUAUUAUCUUUACAAGAAUCAUUAGGUUUUCAGUUGGACUCAUUUAGCUAAACCAUGAGCACAUUCUCCACAGCUGUAUCAUGGUGUAUGGUGAAAAACUGAAUCGGUGCAGUUUAAGAUGGUUCUUUUUCAGCCUCAGCUGUGGCAGCUCCUUCUGUUGAUGGGCCUCGGAGGACUCCUGCAGACUGAUGUUUGUGCAGGUCAGCAGGAAGUACACAUCCAGGAGGGUCCAUUGUACCGUGUGAAAGGAUUUCCAAUGUCCAUCUCCUGCAAUGUUAGUGGCCUCAAACAUGGAAGGAUUCAAGAAUUUGCUUUUUCAAUUUAUCAGCCAGACAGGCCAGAUGUUGCAAUCCAAAUCAUUAGCACUAAUGACGAACAUUAUGCUUAUGCAAAGUACUCUACAAGAGUGCGUGAGAAAAAUAUUGUGAUCAAAAGGCAGUCAGACACUUCAGUUAUUUUCCACAUUAAUUCUCUGACUGGACAAGAUUCUGGAGAAUAUGAAUGUUACACUCCAAAUACAGGUUCGGUGUAUUAUGGAAUCUACAGCGCAAAAACAACAGUGAAAGUGAUUGAGGAUACUCUGGUGACAUCCUACUCUGGACCUCCAUCUCAUAGCCUCUCUGUAGAUGAAUCCCUUCAGCUAGAAUGCCAAGUCUCCAGUCAGACCUUCCAACACACUCAUCUGUCUGUUACAUGGUAUCUGCGUGGCAGCACUGACACUCGACCCAUCAUCAGUUUGGAUCGAGAUUUAACUGUGAGGCCUGGACCAGAGUUUGAACACAGAUACCAUUCUGGGUUCAUAACUAUGGAGAAGAUCGAAGACUCCACAUACAGAUUCAAGAUAACACAGGUACAGCAGUCUGAAAGUGGUGAGAUCUACUGCCAGGCUGAUGAGUGGAUCCAAGACCCAGAUCGCUCUUGGGUGAGGAUUUGCCACAGGAACUCCACAGGGUCCAACAUAGAGGUCAAAGCUCUAGACACAGCUCACGAAGACGGAUCUUUUGUUACUCAAAUUCAGGUUCAGAAAGGGGCCCUUGAGGAAGGAGACAUGAUGGAGGUUCAGUGCAGCAUAGAGGCUCAGAAUAUACCUGGAUAUUUUUUCUCUAUGUCUUGGCUGAGAAAUAACAAGGUUGUGGCUCAAAUUGAUCACAAUGGUGUACAGAUUGUAGAUGACACCGACAUUAAAAGAGAGAAAGAUGGUGAACUGAGGACUGUGAAGAAGAGCAAAAGAGUCUUCGUUCUCACUAUCCAACCAGUCAGGGUUGAAGAUCAGGGCACCUAUCAGUGUAAAGCUGUACAAGUAGAGGAGCUAGAGACUGGGUCGAUCACUGAAAGAAAAAGCCAGCUAUCACAUGAAGAAACUGUGCACAUCAGUACCAAAGAGAGUGGUUUGGCUGUGGCCAUGACAAAGCAGCUGGUUAAUGUGACUGAAGGGGAAACUCUACAAAUCAGCUGCAGUGUUUCUGGAGCCAAAGGGCUGCUGUCUGUGUCAUGGCAGCACAAAAAAUCAACAGGCAGCCCUUUCAGCGAUGUCAUAACCCUGAGUCGUGAGGGGGUGAUGGAAGCUAUAGGGGCUCAGUAUCAGCACAGGGGCUUACGCACAUUUCGUUCUAAUGCUGCUGAUUUCAUUUUGGAGUUAAGUGGAACUCUUGUGUCUGACAGUGGUGAAUAUAUGUGCACUGUGUCUGAGUGGAAUUUGGAGAGCAAUGGCAAUCUGAAGAAAGUGACCAGCCAUUCACAGCAAGGCCGUGUUUCUAUUUAUUCUAUUGAUUCUCUUGUGAAAGUGGGAUUGAAAAGUCGUGACAUGCAUGUAACUGAGAACUCUUCAAUAAAAAUGAUUUGUUCCGUAAAAGCACCUAAAAUUUCCUUAGCUGUGACUUGGAUAUUUGAACCACAUAAUUCAACUAGUCAAAAAAACAUUAUAUGUGUAGAUCAUACUGGAAGCAUAUCCUGUAGAGCAGAGCAGCAGGAAUAUCAGGUAGAAACUCAAGUGCAGGAAUCAGGCACAGACUUUUUUCUCAAGGUGUUGAGAGCAAGUAAGCGACAUGAGGGAAAGUACAAGUGCCAGAUUGAUGCAUAUGACAAAAAUGUCCAGAAGACCAAGAAACUGUCUAAUCCACUCGCCAUCACUGUAAAGAGACCUGCCAGCAAACUAGCUGUCUCCACCACCCGUAAGUCUUUAAAAUUCCAAGCCAACAGUGAUGGAGUGAUUAAUUGCUUAGUGAACACAGAAACGUCUAGUUCUUCCCGUUUUGAGGUAACAUGGAUACAUGGUACCCAGACAUUGCUGAAAAUGGAAGCAGAAGGUAUGGUCACUCUGGAGACAGAUGAAAGGAUCAGCAUAAGAAGGACUGAUAGAAGGACCUUCCAAUUGAGGAUACAACAGGUGAAGUCAACAGACAGUGGACUUUACAACUGUUCAGUACAGGAAUGGAUUCAAGAUCCUUAUGGCAUCUGGUAUAGUCUUGAUACAAAGUCUGACACCAUGGAGCUAGAUGUCUUUGAAAAAGAAAGUGAUUUUAGCAUGGAUAAAUCUAAUGUUCAACUGAAGGCCACAGAGGGUGAACAGGUGAAACUCAGCUGCUCACUGGGGUCUGGUGGACUUGACCACACAUUUCGUUACUCCCUGAGCUGGUUCUUUCAAAGACAAGAUCAGAGUUUGUCCAGUGUUAAACUCCUUACCUACACCCAUGAUGGACGUCUGCAGUUCCUAGUAUCUGAUCCAGAUCUUCAACAUAGACUUCAUUUCUCCAGACCCACUAUUAGUGUCUUUCAUCUGUCCAUUAUGAAUUCCAUCCCAUCUGACAGUGGAAGCUAUUACUGUGAGGUAGAUCAGUAUCAGGCUGAUUGCAAAAGCAAAUGGGAAAGGAAGGCGAGCGACAAAUCAGGUUUUACCAAUGUCACUGUACAUUUUAUAGCUAGCAAGCUGCAAGUACACAAAGCCAGUGGCCUUCUCAACGUUACUGAUGUUCAGGCUGGCUUCAUGGUGGAGUGUGAGAUCAACUCCCGCUCUAGUGAGAAAUCUGUGUUUGAAGUGACCUGGUCCCGGAGGCAAAAAAACGAGCGGCCUCUGACCAUUUUCACUGCCAGUCGAGAUGGCACUCUACACAGUACGAUUCUUGGUAGAACUCUGGUGUAUGACCGGCCAAGUACCACCCGCUACACACUUACUGUAACCAAUGUUGAUGCCUCUGAUAAUGGCCAGUAUCAGUGUCAGGUUGUGGAAUGGCUACAGACAGUUGCUAACACCUGGAGGAAGGUGGCUGAAGACAAAUCAGGAGAACUUUUUGUCAAUGUAGUGGUUGAGAUCAAAUCAAGUGAAGCUGAUUUCACAUUGGAAACGUUUGCCACUCAUCAGAACGCCACAGAAGGACAGCAGUUGGACAUUAGUUGUUCUAUUAAUUUUGAUAUAGUGGACCCCACCUUCCACUACAGUCUCACGUGGUUUUUGGAGAGGCAGGGCUCCAGUGCCAGCACUUCUUUACUAAGCCAUACCCAUAAUGGGCUUCUACAGUAUCAAUCAGAGAACCAACAGCUCAGUGGCAGGCUACUGUUUUCCAGGCCCACAGCAAAACGAUUUCAGCUCACUAUUUUUAAUUUGGAUCCAUCUGAUAGUGGAAACUACCAGUGCAGGGUUGAACAGUACCAGCUUAGCUGUAAAGGCCUGUGGGAAAAGAAGGGAUCUCCAAAAUUGGUUUCAACUAUGGUCAAUGUGCACAAAAUAGAGAGCAAGCUGCAAGUACAUAAAACCAAUCACUUUCUCAACGUUACUGAUAUUCAGACCGGCUUCAUGGUGGAGUGUGAGAUCAACUCCCGCUCCAGUCAGAAAUCUGUGUUUGAAGUGACCUGGUCCAGGAGGCAGAGAGACGAGCGGCCUCUGACCCUUUUCACUGCCAGUCGGGAGGGGACUCUACACAGCGCAAUUCUUGAUAGAACUCUGGUGUACGACCGGUCCAGUACCACCCGCUACACACUCACUGUACCCAACGUUGAUGCCUCUGAUAAUGGCCAGUAUCAGUGUCAGGUUGUGGAAUGGCUACAGACAGUUGCUAACACCUGGAGGAAGUUGGAUGAAGAUAAAUCAGGAGAACUUUCUGUCAAUGUCCAUGUCUCUGCUGAAGCAAUUUCAUCUGAAUCAGGAUGCUCUUUUGGAGUAAUAUCAAGCAUCCUCAUCACCCUGCUUUUCAUCCUGUUUGUGGUUGUCAUAUUUCUCUGGAUUAAACUUUGGAAGACAAAUUCUACUUCAAAAAAACAGAAGGAGACUCUGUGGGUUGAGAAUAUGCCACUCAGCGGUAUUACAGAAACAGUGGCAAGUAAAAAGGACAGUGACUAAAUCUAGCAAGUCACAUUUUCACGGAUACCCUAGCAAACUGCAGUUUUUUAACAGUCGAAAAGACUUGAAUGUGUUCAUACUAUGUUAAAUGAUAGGAAAGACUGUGAAACAUCUGCCUUCUUGAAUAACUAGUUAUGUAUUAAAUAAGGAAAAAAAGCCUAUUAGUGUCUGCAACUUUGAUAAGAUUAACAUAAUGAAGAAAAUAAGGGAAAUGCAAAAUAGAGCAUAUUUAUUUACUUGGUGACAGCAGCAGCUCGUCUGUGCAGAGUAAUGUUAGAUAAUAUAAGCAUUAAGGAGGCUUUAUGAUGAACAUAGAUAUGCUUUUAACUUUCAUAAUAUUAUAGAAUUAUAGUACAUUCUAUCAUAAAACUGGUCUAUUAAAUAAGAUCCUGUUCUGAUGUCUUUUUUAUUUUUGCUUUUAUGCAACAAUGGCACAUCAGUAUAAAAAGAGGAAGUUAGAUUUUGUGGUAUUAUGUGCAAAGAGCAAAGACUGCUCAUGACCGUCUUGUGGUUUGGGUGCCGUGUGAGCAGUAGUGGGGGAAAAAACGUAGUUGAACAUUAUCUGUCUUCACUUUGGGUAAAUGAUGUUGCUGCCUUAACAGCAUCAUUUCAAGGCCUUCAUUUCUGUAUAGUUGAUUCUUUCCAUGUUUCCUUCUUUUGUAGUGCAUUAUAGUGUUAAGUGAUUAUUGUGAGUUACACAACAGCAUUCACAAUGCCAAAGUGUAUUUCAACAAGACUGAAAAAUAUCAUCUAAGCUGUUCAUUAAAUGUUUACAGUAGAUGAUUUGGAACUAAACGUUCACCCGAGCUUGGUUUCUGGUUCAUGUUCAGUAUUUAAUUUUAAGGUGCAGUGUAGGCAAUAUUCUGUUUCUGUUUGUAAAAAGGAUACCAUUUUUAAUGUAUUUUAUUAAACAGAGAAGAUGUCAAUGUGACCUCAUAAUCCUUUAUUUAAAAUGUAGUUUAUUUUAAUUUAAUAGUAGUUUCUUUUUUGACUUUCUUCUGUAUUUUUGAUGCAAGAAUUCUGCCAAAAAAAGCUCUUAUAAAAUGUAUUUGAAAUAAAACAUAUGUAAAUUAAAAUAAUAAACAACCUUUCCA